AUGAACCAAUUCUUCACCAAGGUGAUGUACGAGUACCAAGCCUUGGACAAGUACAGGUACUAUCUGCACAUAGAUGCAGACUUCGCUUUCAUGGCGGACCUCGACAACGAUCAUUUCUGCAUGAUGGCGAAAACAGGACGCAAGUUCAUGUGGCAGACGUGUCAGGAUAUAUGGGUCAAGGAGUGUUCGCAUGGUCGUUGGGAGUGGUUCCAGCAGUAUCAGCAGACGCGCGGCCUGACCGUUCAGGAUCCUGAUAUUUGGAACGAGCGCUUAGCCCAGCAGGUCUACGUGGACUACGCAGGCAUGGUGGAUCUGGACUCUUGCGGAGGCGUUCGACGAGGACGGGCGAGUUUACCUGAAUCGUUGGUCGGAUCAGACCAGACAUACUAUCUUUUCGUGUUCGCCCUGCUCGAGUCGCACUCCUCUGUCGGCGAGAACGGUUUUGACUGGGGCUUAGCUGGCACGUAUGGAAGACGGUGUCACAAGUACACAGUCGACUUGCCGUUCAACAGCGUCACUGGAAACAACGAGCCCAUCGAUUGCAAGCACCCCUUGUCGCUGGGAGAACAUGGGAAAUAA